GCCUCCUUAUAGGGAGCUUCCUCGUCUCUCUCCGGUUACUUGUAGGUUAAAUUAGUUAGUAUUUUUCCGUCUCGGAGUUUUGCUGUUAUUUAACGGGGACAGCGCCCUGAGGAGCUCAGCAUGGGCACCGUCCAUGCCCGGAGCCUGGACCCUCUGCCCAUGCACGGGCCAGAGUUGGGACUUCAGGCCGAUGAUAUCGAAGCUCCAGGGAUUGAACAGGACCCGAAGCAAGAAGUUCUUGAGAACAAAAAUGUUGUGGUUCAGCGAGUGCACAUAGACGGGCUCGGGAGAACCAAAGAAGAUCUCCUGACUUACGAAAUCGCUGAGGUUUUCCGGGCAAAGAACCUCAUUGAUGUGAUGCGAAAGUCUCACGAAGCCCGACAGAAGCUGCUCCGCCUCGGCAUCUUCAGGAAAGUAGAGGUCGUUAUUGACACAUCAAGAGGUGAGGACGCUCUUCCUAAUGGCCUUGACGUGACCUUCGAGGUCACGGAGUUGAGACGUAUGACAGGCAGCUACAACACUAUGGUUGGAAACAAUGAAGGGAGCAUGGUACUGGGCCUGAAGUUGCCGAAUGUAUUAGGCCGAGCAGAAAAAAUGACAUUCCAGUUCUCCUAUGGCACCAAAGAGACGUCCUAUGGUCUGUCCUUCUUCAAGCCCCAACCAGGACAUUUUGAACGCAAUAUCACGCUCAACGUGUACAAAGUAACUGGACAGUUCCCUUGGAGUUCUUUAAGGGAGACGGAUCGAGGCAUCUCUGCAGAACUGAGUUUUCCUGUGUGGAAGACCAGCCAGACGCUGAAGUGGGAGGGUGUGUGGAGGGAGCUGGGCUGUCUGGCUCGCACAGCCUCGUUCGCCGUCCGAGAGGAGAGUGGACACUCCCUCAAGUCCUCACUUUCGCAUGCGAUGGUCAUUGACACGAGGAACUCCUCCAUCCUUCCCAGGAGAGGCGGCCUGCUGAAGAUCCACCAGGAACUUGCUGGUUACACUGGGGGAGAUGCAAGUUUCCUGAAGGAGGACUUUGAGAUCCAACUCAAUAAGACUCUCUUCUGGGACUCUGUCCUUUCUGCCUCAUUGUGGGGUGGUCUUCUUCUACCCAUUGGUGAAAAGCCAACAAGCAUCGCAGACAGGUUCUACCUUGGCGGUCCCACCAGCAUCAGGGGAUUCAGCAUGUACAGCAUGGGCCCACAGAGUGAAGGGGACUACUUGGGAGGAGAGGCGUACUGGGCAGGAGGCGUCCACCUCUACACGCCUCUGCCCUUCAGGCCGGGCAGAGGAGGCUUCGGUGACCUCUUCAGAACUCACUUCUUCCUUAAUGCCGGAAACCUGUGUAACCUCAACUAUGGUGAGGGGCCACAAGCACAUUUGAAGAAACUGGCAGAAUGCUUGCGCUGGUCUUAUGGACUGGGCAUUGUGCUGCGUUUGGGAAACAUUGCCAGGCUGGAACUCAACUACUGCAUUCCUAUGGGAGUCCAGAGUGGAGACAGGAUAUGUGAUGGAGUCCAGUUUGGAGCAGGGAUUAGAUUUUUGUGAAACCACAUUUAUUAUGUUCCAGAUACAUUGUACUGAAAGUUGAAACUGCUUGUACAGAAUUAUUGUAGCACCAUACUAGUUCAAUAAAAUAGAUUACAAACACUUU